GGAAGUCAGUGGGACCCAGGUAUACAUAUUUACUUCAAAUGUUUGGUCAGAAGUGGUCUUCUUGGAAUUAUUGCAGCCAAAAAGCCAGACCUCCAACAUGGAAACAAGACUAAGAGAUUUGACUGCAUGAAAACAGAGGAACUGGGUACAGAAAAACAGCAGCAGAUUCCUGGACGAGUUCAGGGCUGCAUUUCUGCAAAUGGAGUUUAAGAUUUGGUCUGGAUUAAUGGUGUCCUCAAUGCGGAGAAUUCCAGGCAGAUACUUCUCCAUCAUGGGAGGUCUCCAAUCUCGAGUCUGUCUGGGAUUACAUGAAGAGAUUUGAGGCAGAUUACACCCAUGGUCCGUUCUUCAAGAUGUUUGGAACCUGGUGGAUGCUGUUUUGCAGGCAAAGGAUGUUGUUUUGUUCUCCACCACUACAUUCUUGGAUAAAAUAGGAAUCACAUGACAAAGUGCACAGUAGUGUACAGUGGACUCGUCACACUUUCAGUAUGCAGAAGGUCUAAACCUGGCAUGCGCUGUCCAUGUGACUGCCUUAAAAAUAGGUUGGAGCUCAGAGGCAGCGAGGCCCAUCUGAGAUCGAAUAUCAAAACAACUCCAGCGAACUGAGGCAGUAGGACACGCAUUCUGUUUGGGUACAAAGACGGGAUCCAUAUCGCUUUUUCCUUUCAGCAUGUCUAGCCAGAGCUUUGUUUUUACUCCGAUGGCGUUGCGUUCCUUGGAACAGGAACGAGACCUUCUGGAGAGACGCAGGCAUCAGAUGAAGUUUAUCGAGCCAACUGUCAACAGCUACCUGCUGAGGAAAGAGGCUCGGGAAAGAGACACAGUCUCCAGGAGGAACCAGGAGGUAGCCUCGAUGCCGCUGGUGUGCUGUGAUCUGGUGGUGCAGAACGCACUGUACACUGGAGAUUUGGAGGCGGUGAAGAAGCUGUUCCCCAAAUAUUCACCUGAUAAAGUGGUCAUCAAACCUGAGGGAGGAGCCAUGCGCUGGGUCGCUGAUGGCAAAAUAAGAGGACUGUGGUCUCUGACCUACGAGCAGGAUCUGACCACGCCCCUGCACAUCACAGCUGGAAGAGGCUUCACUGACUGCCUGAGGCACCUUCUCCUGCGAGGGGCCAGUGUGGAUUUUGCCCCCGGGGGCAGCACUGCGCUGCACGAAGCGUGCCAGGAGUGCCAGCCGGACUGCGUUAAAGUGCUGUUAGAGUACGGAGCCAAUGCCAACGCUGUGAACGAGGACGGACUGAUGCCCCUGCACCUCUGCACCGAGCCCGAGUCCCUGGAGUGUGCCCGGCGCAUCAUCCAGUUUGGCGGGGCGAUAAACGGCCGCAGCGUGGAUGAGAACAACACGCCGUUGCACGUCGCUGCGCGUCACGGCCUUCUGGCCCACGUGGAUCUGUACCUGCGUCACGGUGCAGCAGUGGAGCUGCAGAACGAUGAAGGACAAACGGCCCUGAACACGGCAUGUUCGCAGCCCCAAGAGCACUCUGCUCUGGAGCGCUACGCCCGAGUGUGCCAGCGGCUGGUGGACGCUGGGGCGAACGUGAGCAUGUGCGACACUGACAAACACACCCCUCUACACAUGGCGUGUAGAAACGCCAACCCUGAGAUUGUGGAGCUGCUGCUCCGCAACAGCGCCUCGGUCAACCUCAUGGACUACGGCGGCGAGGCACCCAUGCACAAUAUCCUCAAAAUGGUGGCCUACAAGUUGGAGCAUGGGCCCGAGAAGAUCGUGCAGGAACUUCUCAACUACGGCUCGAUCAGAGUGUGGCCUGGAGCUCUGCCUAAGGUCCUGAAGUACUGUUGUGUGUCACCACGGACAAUAGAAGUGCUGCUGAAUGCAUACAGCCAACUCAAAGUCAACGAUCGGUGGGAAGAGGCCGUUCCUCCAGAGGUGUUCCAGGAACAUCAAGGCUUCUAUGAGUCUGUGUUCGCCCUGGCCAACACUCCACGGUCGCUACAGCACCUGGCUCGCCACAGGAUCCGUACGUAUCUGGAAGGACGUCUGCACAAAGUGGUGCCUAAAUUGGGUCUGCCCACGUUUCUGAAGAAUUACCUAAUGCUGGAGUUUCGAGGUUACAUUCAUUAGCGCUAAAGCAAAAAGCGUACUGUCGGCUUUCCGCUCAUCAUAGUAACGUGGAGAAGGAGAUAUUAUUAUAUCAUUAUCAGCUUUUCACGCUAACAUGCAUUCCUUUUCUUGCAUUAAUUCGACAGCUUUGUUUGUAUGGUUGAAGGAUUGUUUUUUGUGGAAGAUUUAUUUCAUCACAUUAUUUUAUAAAGUCACACAACCGACUUUAGUUUCCGGUCAUGAGAUUAUUAUCGGUUGGGGAUAUUUUUUUCGACCACAAGGGGGCGACCUGCAUUUUCGUCUAUUUAGAAAGACAUUGAGUGUUUUUUUUUUUAUUUAAUGAACCUGAGAAUGAAUUUGCACUGAAAUUGAAAUAAAAAAAAGAAAUGUUUUAAACGUU